AUGGCACUUCCGCAGACAUUCAAGCAGGCAGCGUUCAAAGAGGCAGGGGGUCCUUUGAUCAUCGAAGAAGUCCCUUUGACCCCUCCUGGCCCUGGAGAAAUACUGUUGAAGGUGGAGGCAUGCGGUGUCUGCCAUUCAGAUAUCUACGCGCAGAGUAACGCCAUGGGCGGCGGAUUCCCAUUGGUCCCCGGACACGAGAUCAUUGGACGAGUCGCUGCUGUCGGAGGCGCAGUGUCAGGCUGGCAAGUUGGUGACAGAGUUGGAGGUGCCUGGCAUGCCGGACAUGAUGACGCUGAAUACUGCCUUCUUCGUGCAGAAGCUGCCGUGCGCGUCCCCGACCAUGUGGAUGCCGCCAAAUACGCACCGAUCCUCUGCGCGGGGGUCACGGUCUUCAAUUCCAUGCGACACAUGAAAAUACCAGUGGGUGAAACAGUGGCUAUUCAGGGAAUCGGCGGUCUCGGUCAUUUGGCCAUCCAGUAUGCGAAUCAAUUCGGGUACCGCGUAGUCGCGAUCUCCCGAGGUUCAGCGAAGGAGGAGUUUGCUCGCCAGCUUGGUGCCCAUCAUUACAUUGAUACCAACAAAGAAGAUGCCAGCGAUGCGUUACAAAAACUGGGCGGCGCAGCCCUGAUCGUAACCACGGCCCCGAACGCGAGCGACAUAACACCGUUGAUGAGGGGUCUAGCGGUGGUGGGGAAGUUGUUGUUCUUGUCUCUUCCUGGUGAAUUGUCUGUCAAUACGGGUCUCAUGCUUCGAUAUGGUCUUUCCGUCCAUUCGUGGCCUUCUGGCCAUGCUAGGGAUUCGGAAGAGGCAAUCGCUUUCACCGAACUGCGGAAUAUCAAUUGUAUGGUGGAGACGUUCCCACUCGAGAAGGCGAACGAGGCGUUUGAUGCCAUGUUGAAAGGAGAUGCCCGUUUCCGAGCUGUUAUUACCAUGGGAUAA